AAAAUUUUGUAUGAUUAUUAAUUUGGGGGUGAGGGGGUUGUUGGCUAGUUGGCUUGAGUACUUGAAGAGUGAAUUCGCCUCCUUGUUCAAAGACCAAAGCAGUGAAUUCAAAUUGGCCAAACCCUCGUAGUGAAUUGGCCUUGCUCAAUUCCUAGGCGUAAUUAUCACUCUUUCUCGCUGUCAAGAGAUCUAUCGUCUGAUUUUCUCCGCCGGGUUACAGAGCUAUCGGAAUUUUUAUGGUGAGACGUGUUGCCCCGCGUUGCUCAGUUGAUGGUGAUCAAAUCCGCCAACUCCCGGUGGAGAUACUUGACCAUAUUAUGGGACUCUUGCCUAUUCAACAAGCUGCUAAAACUGCAGUUUUGUCUAAGGUUUGGAGAGAUGUUUGGUCCAGUCUGACGCAUUUGUGCUUUGAUGAUAACUUCUUUGGGUAUUUUCAAAUAAAACAUCAGAAGGAGGGCAAAUACUUCAAGCUAUCUUCAUGUUUGUAUGCAAUCAACAAAGUUCUUUUGUAGCACAAGGGAGCUAUUAAGAAAUUUGUCUUUCUUUUCCCUGGUGGUUGUACACUAAUUGUUAGGUCUCGCUCAUAUGACGUGAAUCAGUGGUUGCUUUUAGUCACACAACAAGGUGUUGAAGAAAUCCAUCUUCGUUUUGGCAGUAGAGAGUACAAGCUGCCUGAAUGCAUAUUUUCGUCCUCAACACUCAAGAGAUUACACCUAUCUGGUUUAUGUACUGAACCACUAAAUUCUCCAUGCACUUUACCGAAUCUUACCUCACUUUGUUUUGAAGAAGCGAAAUUCAUUUCUAGAAAUACCACAAAUUACGCCAUUGAUGUUCCUAAGCUGAAGAAUCUGUCGUUUUUUUGUUGUGAGAAUAUCUCUCACUUCAACAUUAUUGCAAGAAAUCUUUGCAGUUUGAGAAUCGCACAUUUUUUUACUAGAAAAGGGGACAAUUUUCUCCCGGUGAACAUUGACUUGAGAUCUAUUCACACUCUUGACUUGGAGGGUUCCUCUCACGAGUAUAUUCUUGGCGACCAUACCUCAAAUGGACUUCCACCACAAUUGCCUGCCCUAAAUGUGAAAUCACUGAAGCUAUCAGGGGACUACAUCCAAACUGAUGCUGCGGCUCUUCCAUUUGUUUGUUUGCUCAGAAAAUGCCCAAAGUUAUGCAAACUUAGAAUACGUUUUCAGUGGGCAGGGGAUAUGAACAGGUGUAUAGAUGCUACAUCGGGGCAUUUUGAAAAGCUCCGUAGUGUGGCUCAAACACACAAAAUGCUUUGGUCUUUAAAGUUUUGCUCAUUCAACGGAUCAAGGCCCCAAAUGCAUUUCAUCAAGGAGAUGCUUGCAAAUCUUCCGAGUUGAUCAGAUUUAGUCUGAUCAGAUUGUAUUUAUAUUUAAAAUUGAAUGUAUCUACCAGCAUAUAUCACUUCUGUUGUGGUUAGUGAUAUGCCAAAUUAAAUAAGAUUUUGUUGUGGGU